AUGUCCAGGGUGAUUCAGAGUUUUACUCAACUUAUGACAAACUCCAAGGUCAAUUUGAAUGUCAUGAAGUUUUCAAAGUGUAAAAAGGUGAAAUGUGCUCUGAAGAAUGGGAAGGUAGAGGAGGUUGAAAAUAAGGAAACGAAAAUUGAUGCUAGCUUAGAGGAACUUGACAAGGAUGCUAAGAGUACAACGAUUGUGAUUGAACAUUACAAACAAUGCCAAUCAUUCAAGAAAAGGGCCAUUCACGUGAAAACUAGUCUAAAGAAUGGUGUUCUUUGGAUCAAUGUGUUACUUAACCCUGAUAAGCCAAGAAGGGUUGCUUAG